AUGGUUCAGAACGGAGGUGACUUCGACCUCGACAUCGACAUGGCUACCAACAUCACGGCCGAACAGCUGCUCGCUCAGCUUGGUCAACUCCAGCAGCGGAUCCAGGAGUUGGACCAGAGAGACAAGGCUGCUCAAGCUCGAAUCAAGGAACUCGAGAACCGCGAAAAGUACUCGCAGAAGUUGAACGUCACCGAAGUAGCAGCCACGAGCUACGAAGACAAGGACAGUGACACGGACAGUCUCGGACACGACGGCAACGGUGAAGACGAACAAGCACCGUACUCCGAACUGGUCACUGUGGACCCAGAGACAGGUCUUGCCGAAUGGGACAUGGCAGGAGAGUAUGCGCCGCCAAUUUCGAUUCUCCCAAUCUUGAGGCAGUGGGGUUUCACAGUCACGCAGAGGCGGGAUGGAUCGUGGACAACCGACACCCAAGGAAUCGAAAGACCCGGACCCAAUGCUCUAUUCCUCCAGGAACGAAUCGAAUGGUACCGCAACGAAGUUUUCCGACUCAACACGGAACUGCGCGAACGGGAUGGGCGCUUGACUCGACUCGCCCAGCAGAGCGAUGAGAUGAAGGACGAAAUGAGGGAACUCCGACCUACGCCGAAGCACUUUGACGAUCAGCAACUCAGCAACGAUGUGCGGAACCCAGAAUACCAGUUCAUGCGCGCGAACCGCGGAAAAGAUGAGCGUACGUGGGAAAGCUACUGGAAGAAACACUCCUAUGUCAGCACUGGAGUACCUACGGUCCACGUACAAUGGGAAGGAUUCGGGAAAGAGUUCCAAUACCUUCCAGGCGACGCCACGCGACUGCACCCUCGACAUGAGGCACAUGCGCAAGUGCCCUGGUUCCAGUGUGUGGCACACGAAUGCCGAUACCACUUCCGCGACAAAUUCGAAAACAACCACUGGCCGACCCGACAGGAGAACGGGGACGGAGGCUUGUGCCCUGUGGAAUGGGUCUACGAUGCAGGAAACAGAGAGGCCGAAUUGCUCUGGAAGAUCGAAGCCCGCGAUCUAGAAGGCAUCACGGUAGUUCCAAGACGAGCCUGGCCUAGGCACUGCGGAACAGGACGAGACACAUGGGACUCGUGCCGGAGUAACGACUGCCUCUAUCACGCGGACGAAAAGAAAUUGCGAAUUCGGGAGCUUCAGAUGAAGCUAUGGCACGCACGACGAAAAGCAGAACGGACCCAAUGGUGGGAAGCUGCAAGCACUCAAUGGCUCACAGAAAUGAGCACGAUCGACGAAGCCGCUAUCAGCCGAACAACCGAAGAGGUCAGCACUGACCUGGGAAACGGGUCAGGGCCCUUCGAGGGGCCCGGAAACCAUUAA